AUGAACAACGAAAGCGAAAAGAAAGCUUCCCAGUCGGACGUGGUCGUAACCACAGGGGGGAAGUCGUCCAAAAUUAGGAACAUCAGGAAGAGCAUAGACAAGAAGGGGGGUCCCGAGAGGAAGAAGAAGGAGAAUGUAAAGUACAAUAAUGGUGAUCUAAUCAGAGUAGUAAAAACUUGCAAACAUAAUGACAGCAUCUUCGAUUUUAUCGAUGGUAGUUAUAGAAGGUAUUUUUUGGUGAAGCGGGGGAAUGGGGUGGCUCCACACACACAAGUGGGGCAUGAUCCGCCAAAUGAGCAAGGCGCGCAAAGUACGCACCCCCCGUUUAUCUUCUUCGAGUCGCUUAACGCCUUCGAACUGAAGAAGCAUCCAGCGGGGGAAGCAAUAUUCACAACACUGUUUCAUAUGACCAAAGGGAACAUGGAGCGCCUAUACAAUGAGAGCAACUUCUUAAGUCGUGGCUGGUCGGAUGAGAAGAAAUGGAAGGAGCUACGGAGCGACAAGUGCAAACUGAUACUGGGGUUUGUAAAGAAAGCUGAGUCCAGUGAAGAAGGUAUCACAUCGGAUGAGCAAAACGUCAGUGAGUCACUCCUCACGGGGAGCGAACCUAAUUUGUCAUUUCUUCAAAGGAUACACACCAAAGGGAAGAAUGAGAGUACGAAGGAGGUGGAUGAUUACCUGAACAAACACUCUCUGGUCUCCUUCGUCCACUACAGACUGACGGCAGAUUACUCCCCCAAUGCACACACAACUGUAUGCUACCUUUACGAAAUUCAGAUCGUGCCAGAGUUUACCAAAAUGGGGAUCGGAAAGCACCUCAUCGGUAUGUUGGAGGCUCUGUGCAGAAGAAUCAAUGUGCGCAAAAUUCUAUGCACCGUGCUAAAGAGCAACAUCAAUGCCGUUUCGUUUUAUAAAAAUAAGUGUUCCUUCCAGAUGGACGAAAGCUCGCCGGAUAACUUCGCGUCGGAGGACUCGGAGGAAUGCGAAUACGAAAUAUUGAAGCGAGUCGUCUGCAGCUAG